AUGUCAUCCUAUUUCCCCUUUUCAUCCUCCUCGACUCCUCUCGCACAACCGACGCAUAAUGUCAACCUUGAUGAUCCACAUCUUCAACUGACUGUGACCCCUUCAGCUUCGGCGUAUUACGCCGGAGAAACAUUCUCAGUGACGAUCACAUUCACCAACACUCGAACACCACCAUCGGAUGCCUCUCAUCCUAAGACACCUGGAUCGGGUCCUUCUACCGCUGAUAUAAGGACAGCUACAUCUGCAGAAAGACACCUUCCAGCCUUAAGUCCACGUGAAGACCUUCUGUCAAUACAAGCCUUACCAGAGAGGAAACAUCAGAUAGGAUUGAAUAGCCCUUCUAUACCUUUGAGUUAUGGUGAUACGAACGCUGAAGCUGGUUCAUCAAGAAUAACAACUCCUACGCCUGAUCCAUUGUCGAUCAAUUCGACACCUGGACCCGGCCCAUCAACGAUAACUUCGGAUCUAGGUUUCCCUUAUAGUCCAGGAGCUAAUCCGGCUUACAGAGCCCCAGGAUGGCCAGGACAGGGAGGACCAAGCUCACCUACAAGGGAGAAACCUAUGAAUUUCAGAAGUCCAGAUGGAUGGAGUAAAAACGAUAACGGAUCCGCUAAAGAAGGAGGUCAUAAUAGAAGAUCAAGAAGUUUGGCGUUGGGCAAAGGUACCAUGAGUCCUCAAGAAUUAGUCUGGGCUUUAGGUGGUCAACCUACACCACCACCUCUACCUUCUCGUAGACCUCAUUCAGCCGCUAUACCAUCCCAUCAUCCACAUUCACGUAAAAUUUCCAUCAAUAACUUCCCUUUAUCACCUCCUUCUGACGAAUCGAUCAGUAGUUCACUUUCACCACCUCUAAGAUCACUUCCGGAACGGGAUCUAAUGGCUUCAGCAGCAGCUGGUCCAUCUAGACCUGCUCUGAUACGAGCGACGAGCUCAACUAGUUCACAAGGUACAACCGAUGAUGAUACAUUCAUAUCAAAUGGUGCUUUAACAAGAUCGAAAUCACGUCCUAUGCCUUCUCCAUUAGCUCAUGGAAGAACACCUUCAUAUCAUAAUGCAUACGGAGCCAAUCUUUUAGGUCUAGGUACCCCGCCCGCUUUACCACCACCAACUCAUCCAUAUAUAAGGGAACGCAUACCUGUAGACAAAGGUACCACGACCGUCUUAUGGGCCUACACUAGGUUGAUAGCUCAUUUUCAUCCUUCGAACACUUAUAUCCCUCCAGAUCCAUUAUUACCUCUUCGAUCCAUGCUACUACAUCAACCAGUUGGAUCAGGUUCUCUAAAUCCUACUCCAGCCUUAACGUCUAAUGGAGCCGGUUCAAAUGGGACCUCAAGAUGGCAACUUAGUUUUGGAACUGGUACGAUCGGAAAUGCAACUCAACCAAGUUUGACCGGUAGUUUGUUUGGUCUAGCGAAAGAUCUGGUCAUGGGUGGAAGUGGUGGAAGUUUAGAGGAAGAGAGAAAGAGAGUUUGGAAUAUGAAAGAUUUACCAGUAUUAGAAACUACUAGAAGUUUGUUAGGCGUGGACCUGAAGUUGAAAGAAGGUGAAAGUAAGGAAUUCAUGUAUACCCUUCCGUUACCUGCAACCCUACCUCCUGCUCAUCGUGGCAAAGCUUUUCGGUUCUCCUAUGAUCUGGUAGUAUCACUUAAUGUCUCGCUCCCCGGAGGAGGAGGUAGACAGAAGUCAAAGGACAUUACGGUUCCUAUCAGGGUCUGGGCGAAUGUAUCAGUUGGACAUCCUUUUCGAACGUAUGAUGUACUAAAACCGAUCAUCCAAACGAAAGAAGAAGGGAUUGUUCAGGAAGUAGAACCCGAACUCUCACCUAAAUCACAGGAAGAACGCUCUUCACCUAUCCCUAACGGGGGAAUCGGCCUUCGCCGGCGAUCUAGUGCAUCUGAUAAACACCGAUAUAAAGGUGGAGAUACAAUGGAAUCUCUUCAAGCGUACGCGAAACAUCUACUCGACACCCUUGAGCCAAACUCCUCACAUAAUCCUUCGGAAGGAUAUACACCGAAACUACCUCCUCAAAGUCCAAGUGGAUCAAUAUCAAAGCUACCCAGAUCGAGAGUAGUCAGUCCUUCUUCAUCUUCAUUCCAUAUUCCUCCAUUACCCGCGAAGGAAACAAAUGGAGAUCGCGGUGAUAGAAAAUCAGAGACAUAUCUUGGAAUACCUGGAGAUACACUAGGAAAAGGAUUGAGGCCAAGACCAAAACAAGGCACAGUUCUAGAAGGUGACGAUGAGUUGGUCGAAGAGGGUACAGAGGCUGGUUGUGGUGAAGCUGUUGAGAUUCUCAGUCGACAUUCGCCCAAAGCUUCAUACGAUAUCGCAAAGGACGGAGAAGUCGUGGCUGUCUUGACGUUGAUCAAAACCACGUAUAGACUAGGAGAGACCGUUUUGGGAGUAGUGACUUUCAAUGAGCCGGAAACGGAACGCAGAGUCCUUAAAUUUUCUGCAUUCUUGGAAUCACAUGAAUUGAUACCGGAACCACUACUUCCACCUGGAAAUGUCCAGCCUCAAUUAUCAAGAUUACAUGCUGAACAUCGUUCAUCAUAUGUCGUCUCCUCCUCAAGAUUAGCGUUCUCUCUGGAUAUCCCUUCUGACGCGACUCCAGGAUUCAGCUUAGCCGCAGGACAAGGGGACAAAGGUGGCUUAGAAUGGAAAGUCAAGUUGCAGUUCGUUGUCGCUGUUCCACAUCAUCACCACCAACACCAUCAUGAUCAUCGUCAACAAAGCAAUAAUCGAAAAUCUGAGAGUACAGCAAGGACCGACAAAGGCCAUGUGAAGCAUAAGAGACAGAAUCAAUCAGUGAAUCUUUUACCUAGAAAUGGGUCAUCUAAUGAUCAUGAUAACAGAUUCUAUUCAGCGACAAACACUUUGACCCCUUUACUACCUCUUUCUGAGCCAUUGAGAAUAGAUGGGAUUUCUUCCAAUUCAGAUUCAGAUGAAAAAGAUCUCAACCUUGAUCGGGGUGAAAAACCAAUAAAAAGGCGAAGCUCGACGACGAUGAGAUGGGAAGAAAUGAAAACUGAGUUAGUUGAAUGUCAAGUUCCGGUGAAAGUCUUAGCUGGAAAUACUGCUUUCGUAGUCAGACCUUCUGUCUGGGUGAUUUGA